AGCCACACGGGGGACAGGACAUGGCAGUGCUGUGGCGGGCUCCCCUUUCUCCCAGGGCCCCCUGUCGGAUGGGAAAGGUGGGUGAGGGCAGCAAGAAAGUCCCCAGGAAUUCAACAGAGCACUGGGGGGUUAAGCUCUUUUUCCCUACCCCCAGGAGAGACCAGGUAACGUUGCUGGUCCCCCAGGACCCUCCUGAUAAGAUGGGAUGUAGGUUCAGGGGGCUCCUUUCUAAAUGGAGCAGGCAGGCCUGGCCGCUCAGCUUUGGGCUGCUGCCCCCAUAACCAACCCAGCCGCCCAGCUGGCAGCAUCGGCAGGGCCUGUCCGCAGCUGGCUGUGCUGUCCUGUUGAGCACAUUGUGUCUGGGGGCUAGGAUCCAUUCCACUCAUCCUGGCGGGCACCCUCCCAAGACUGCCCAUGAAACGAGAGAGCAGGCAACGUGGGCCCAGCGUCCUGAGCAGUGGGAACAAAGGGCCCUCUGUCUUUCUCCCCCACCUUCCUGGUGGCAGCAGGCCUACGUCCAGCUCUCUUGAACCAUGUCCUGGCCUCAUCUGAACCUUCUCCCUUUGGUGCUGAGACCAUUUCUUGUCUCAGUCAGGUCCUUGGGAAUCUAUGUUAUGCCUGUGGCCACAAUGACCAGCCCUCCUCUCUCGGUGACCCCAGGGUACCUGCCCACCAGCUUCUGAUUGGUCCUUAGGGGUUAAGUCCUCAGAGACCAGGCCACCCCCACCCCCACCCCCACCCUCCUGAUUACCCAACAAUGCUUGACACUAGCUCACAGUGCGGAAGCUGGUCAGGAGGGUGGGCUCUGUGACACAGGCGGGACUGGGCUCUUGGGGGGGCUGGCUCAAAGACACCCGGUGGACAUAAGCCUCCCCGACACCAAUGAACUCCCCCUCCCAUACCCCUAAUCCGUCCCCCACCCAGUCCCCCUCCCAGUCCCGAUCCAACCACGUCAACCCGCAGCCCUACGCCAGCUCAGGUGGCUCAGGCCCUUCCCCAUCCCCCACCCGGGGGUCCUCCUCCCGCCCGCCCUCUCACCCCGCUACCCCGAGUGCCUCACAGCCCUCUUCCAGGGCUUCCUCCCUGACUCCCAGCCCGCACAUCCAGCCUCGAGCGUCAGCCCAAAACGCCACUCCGCCCACCUCCAAAUCUCCCUCCCAAUCAGGCUUAAAAUCCCUGUCUCGAAAUUCUUCCCAGACGCCCCCGGUGCCAGGCGCCAGGUCGCCCUCCCACAGCCCUGCCUCCUCGAUCUCCUACAUCGGGCCCAUUCGGGGCAUCCCGUCCUACAUCGCCCCCUAUGUGCCCCGCUUCCUGAAGGAGCCCCCCUUUUUCCAGCCUCCUACAUCACCGCUCCCCCAAAACCAGUGCUUCCCCUGCGCCUUCCCCUGCCCUCCCCGGACCCGCCGCGAGCGCACGCCCCCCAAGUCUCUCUACUUCCCUCUCCUCCCAGCCCCUCCCCACCACCCCCGGGUCCACAGCUCCUACCCCACUCCUCCCGCUCUGUUCACGCCCCCCUCCUCCCUCUCCUACUCCCCGCCCCCCGAGCUCCUGGUGGGGGGGAAGCCGCACGUGGUCCCCACGGUGCUGCCCGCCACCUUCUACACGCCCUUCUCGCGCUACUACUCCCAGCCCCGUCCCUACCGGUCCAUCCACCGCCGCCGCCCCAGCACCCUCCCCCUCUCCUCACUCCCCAACGGGCCCUACGACAGCCCUGGCCGCUCUGUCCACUUCUAUCGUGGGUCCUAG